AUGAUGCGGCGUCCGCCUGGACCCGUUACCCACCAGCAGCGAAAGCUUUUGAUUGCCUUUGCGGCCAUUUUAUUACCAUGGCUCGCCCUUGUUGACGCUCAGCAGCAGCAGCAACAAGCAGCAGUACCAAUUCUCGAUAGCCACGCCAUUCAUGGCCACAAGCUCGACGCGCGUACCAUCGAUACCGACAUUCAUCUCGGAAGCCCUCGACGCGGUGAAGAAAAGGCCAGUCGUAGCGAUGAAGGCCCUCGACGCCGGCACGAACCCCCCCGACAGCGGGGUGAGGAGAUGGCGCAGCGCCACCCAAAUGCCGCUGCUACCAUCACCCGUGGCAUCAUCGAGACAGUAAAACGCAAGAACACAGACAUAAACACACGCAUACCCAACAAGCAUGACACCUUACUCAUUCCAGAUGAGCGCGCCCUUGCUACUGUAGCUCUGGACCAGCUGUCCGUUCGAGCACCAGAACCCUUCAGAGACGAUCUCAGCUCCAUCAAGGCUGGGCUCGCUACGCCGCAUGUUGCGCGGUCUCUGGACGACUGGGAAGUUGAAGAUUUUGUCAUUAUGGCGACCGUCGAUGGAGACCUUUAUGCCUGCGACCGUCAUACCGGCCGCGAGAUUUGGCAUCACAAGAUGGACAGCCCUAUGGUCGAGGUCACUCUCCACCGGGCAAAUGUGUCCGUUCUCGAUUCCGACUAUUCGGAGAUCGAUCAUUACCUCUGGAUCGUCGAGCCUACGCAAGACGGCCAGCUCUACUUUUAUAUACCCAAUCGAGGCCUGGUUCCUGCCGCCCUUACAAUCAAGCAGUUGGUGGAUGAGCCCUUCCAGGGGAAGAAUCCGGACGUCUACUACGCCGGAGACAAAAACUCGGCCAUGCUUACGCUUGACGUACGCACGGGGAAAACGGUCAAGUACAUUGGCUCCCGCAAGAAUCACAUUGAAACAAAAGACAGCUGCAUCCGCAGGGACAACUUCAUGCUGAGCCCUGACGGCGAUGAAGAGUGCGGCAAUAGUGGCACCAUCACCAUUGCUCGCACCGAGUACACUGUCAGCAUAAGUAACCCUGAAGGGCUACCGAUUGCCACCAUUCAUUAUUGGGAGUGGAAGCCCAAUCAUUACGACAUGGACCUGGUCAGCCAGUACAGGUCGACCAUGGAUAACCAGUACAUCGCUACCGGUGCGAAUGGCGUAGCUUAUGGUUUCGAUCACACUCGUGCACCUGGGAAUCAGCAAAGGUUCCGACAUACCUUCAGCUCUCCUGUCGCCCGCGUCUUUGACGUGCUGAGGCCUCGUGGUGCCCCUGCCGGGAGCAGCCCAGACCUCAAGAUACUGCCUCAGCCACCUAUGCCUUUCAGUGACCAAGCUGAUCUCGACAGACGGCGCAGCAAGGUCUACUUGAAUCGGACCGAAACCGGCGGUUGGUACGCCUUGGGUGGUGUUUACUAUCCACUCACGGAGCAAUCAAGCGAGGCAAUCGCCAGCAAGCAUCGCGAUGCUAUUGAGGAGGAUAUUUGGGAACGUAUGGACGACAACAUCCUUGACAAGCUCCUGAUCGGGACACAUAGCCUCAAUCCGAUGCCGCGUGACGGCCGUGGCAACGGAAACGCUGGUUCGACCCUUCAGACACUUCCCGGUCAUCAACCCGACCCUGUGCCUGAUGAGCAGACGGCCAGCACUUCCAUCCUGCCACAAUUUCCUCGCAUUCCCUCGGGAAAUACUACUGAAAUGAUUGAGAAGGUGCGGAGCUUGCCUCUCACAGUCGCCGAUCUCGCCGGCGCUCUUUUCACCAAUCCGCUCUUCAUUAUACUCGGAUUUUUUGCCUUGCUCUAUAAGCAGGACGACAUGAGGAAGUUGUACAAAGAGUGGAAGGCGACUAAGCCAGGGGCCGAGUCGGGCCGGAAGUCCGUCGAGUUUCCGCUUGCAUCCCCAAAGCUUGAAAAGAAAUCUGCCGACGGUACCGGGGUAGACGUGGCGGACAUGACGAAGGGCGACGAGAAACCUGCUUCGCUCAUUGGCUCAACCACCUUGGCGGACCCGGCCGUCCCUCAAUCCGAAGCAGAUUCGGUAGUGACCGCGGGAGCUGUAGCACCUAAAGCCCCAGAACUCCCAACAAACCCGCCAAUCUCGGGCAGCGGUGAUGAACAAUCAGCAAGGACUGCUGACGCUGACAAGCAAGAUGCUACAUCUCAGGCGGGCCCUAGCGUCAGAUUUGACAUAAACCCGGAGUCUGGGAGCAAGACCGGCGAGACUUCUACUGGCGAAUCUGUCGAUGGAGCUGCCGCGAAUGGCACCCCGAGCCCAGAACCAGAGAAGAAGAAGAAGGCACAUAGAGGAAGGCGCGGCGGCACCAAGCAUCGAAAAAAGAAGCGCGAAGGAUCUGUCUCUCGGGAUGAUGACCCUCCCCAGGCAUCCGUCAGUGAGAUCGUUGAUAAAGCCAAGCAACUUGGCGACGCACCCCGGCGGAUCGAGCCUGAUUUGCGCACUAUUAUCGAUAACGUGCAGGAUCUCACAGGCCCUAUCUACAAGAUGGGCAGCCUCGAGGUCAACGAGGAUCAGCAGCUCGGCACAGGCAGUAAUGGAACCGUCGUCUUCGCCGGGAAGUGGGAUGGUCGUGAUGUGGCAGUGAAGAGGAUGCUCAUCCAGUUCUACGACAUAGCUUCUCAGGAAACGAGGUUGCUGAGGGAGAGUGACGAUCACCCGAAUGUAAUUCGAUACUAUGCGCAACAAUCGCGUGACGCCUUCCUGUAUAUCGCGCUUGAGCUCUGCCAGGCAUCUCUUGCCGAAGUGAUCGAGAAGCCUGCAUACUUCAAGAACCUGGCUCAAGCUGGCGAAAAAGACCUCCCCAACGUACUGUAUCAGAUCACGAACGGUCUCAGCCAUUUACACUCUCUCCGCAUUGUCCACCGAGACCUCAAGCCUCAGAACAUUCUCGUGAACAUGGGCAAGGAUGGAAAGCCACGAUUGCUGGUCUCGGAUUUUGGCUUGUGUAAGAAACUUGAGGGCGGUCAGAGCUCUUUCGGCGCGACGACAGCACACGCUGCCGGCACAACAGGAUGGAGAGCUCCCGAGCUACUUCUCGACGAUGACGCCCGUGACAACACAGCGACUAUGGUGGAUGCGAGCAUGUCUUCAGCUCACAGCGGCUCAGGAAGCGCGCAAGGAUCAAGCGAUGUGCCCAACAGACGAGCUACGCGUGCGAUUGACAUCUUUAGUCUUGGACUGGUCUUCUUCUAUGUCCUCACCAAAGGCUCGCACCCAUAUGAUCGUGGUGACAGGUACAUGAGGGAGGUCAACAUUCGCAAGGGCUCCUUUGACCUCUCCAAGCUGGAAGUCCUUGGCGACUACGCGAUGGAAGCCAGGGAUAUUGUUGAACGCAUGUUGAGUUUCGAGCCCAGCGAGAGACCGACAGCUCGUGACGUGAUGCGGCAUCCGUUCUUCUGGUCGGCCAAGAAGAGGCUGGCGUUCCUUUGUGACGUUUCGGAUCAUUUCGAAAAGGAACCACGUGAUCCACCAAGCUUGCCCCUACAGAUAUUGGAGGAGGCUGCGCCCGACGUCAUCACGUCUGGGGAUUUCCUUCGGCAAUUGCCUAGGGAGUUUGUCGAUUCUUUAGGAAAGCAACGGAAGUACACGGGGUCAAGAAUGUUGGAUCUGCUAAGGGCACUCCGCAACAAGAAGAACCACUAUGAGGAUAUGCCCGAGUCGUUGAAGAAGGUGGUUGGACCCUUACCAGAAGGGUACCUAAGUUUCUGGACAAGGCGGUUUGACACGCUACUCAUCAACUGUUGGAGGAUCGUGAUUGACUGCGGAUGGGACGAAACAGAUCGAUUCCGAGAUUAUUAUGAUCUUCCAGCGACUUGA